GCAUCUCUACCUGAGAUGGUUCCGAGUGAAGACCUCAGCCCUGCACUGAUUGGAGGAAUGUUGCUACUCUUCCUCAUCCGAUUGGCCCGCGCCCUCUUUCCUGUUCCGGGGCCUCCAGCCAAUCACGGCAUCGGAAAGUUCAGCUGCGGAAGAGGGAUGAGAAGGAGAUGGCUGAACUUAGAUAGCCGUGCGUUUGCUAAUAUCUCCACCAUGGACCUUCUGCGGAGCAAUGCGCGUGCCGCAGGACGCCUGCUUGUCCUCGCGGUGGUGUUCGGCUGGUGUCUCGGGGCCGUGAGCUCUUUCGGACAGAACCUAGACAGCGAGUUCACGUUUCUGGUGCCAGCCGGAAGACUCGAGUGUUUCUAUCAAUCAGCAUUAAAGAACGGAACGAUGGAGGUCGAGUACCAGGUGAUAGCGGGUGCCGGUAUGGACGUCGACUUCACCAUCACGUCUCCAGAAGACGUCCAACUCGUCGUGGAGUCUCGGCGCUCAGACGGAGUCCAUGUUGUGGAGCCUACCGUGGAGGGAGACUAUCAAAUCUGUUUCGACAACAGCUUCAGUCGCUUCUCAGAGAAGAUGGUGUUCUUUGAGAUAAUCAUCGAGGGUCAGGGAGGAGAUGUGGGUGGAGAUGAAGAGUGGCCGGGGUUGGAGGAGCCUGAUGGAAGCCUUCUGGAGUACAAGCUGGACGACAUUCGGGAGUCCAUGGACGCUCUGCACAAGCGCCUGCAGCGCAGCCACCAGAUGCAGACGGUGCUGCGGGCCUUUGAGGCGCGGGACCGGAUCCUUCUGGAAGACAACCUGUGGAGGGUGUCGUUCUUUUCCUCUGCGGGGGUGCUGGUGAUGCUGUGUGUGGCCCUUACUCAGGUCUACACAGUGCGUAAACUGUUUGACGAUAAGCGGAGGGUCUGCACAUAGGGGGGCCGUGCUGCAGCAUGACGGAGGAGAGCGAGUACGAGAUGUUCAGCUGGUUCAGACCACGCUCUGCUAUUUUUCAUUGUCUCCUCGAACACACAUCGGUUUUUAAUUGAUUUUACUUUGGGAAUCCUCUUUUACUUCAGUUAGUGGGCAAUAAUAAAAUACUAUUGAACCAUUGACGGUAACCAGAGCAGGAGGUUAUUUGGUUUCAUUUAGUGCCUUUUAAUGUGAAAUCUUACCACAAACCAAUGAGGAAAUGCAUUUAAAAAAAGACACUGCCUGCAUAGACGGAACAGCAGCUUGUAGCUUAACUGGUGGGGUUUUUAUAACAUUCUGCCCAAGGGGAACUUAUCCAUACAAAGGUUAGCGGUCGGUUUACAAGGGAUGACAAUGUGCAAUAGGGUUGUUGGCGUAUUUGUUCUUCCUGAAAGUUAAAGAUCCCUCCACCACAUUAGUGAGGCGUCCAUCUGACGCGGCGUUUACGUGGUUACAGGUCACUUCUUUUGAGAUGUUCUGAUUCCUCUUUACAUGUCAGCUCAAGUCCAAGCUGACGUGUUGGUCAGUGAGGAUCUACAAUCACAAAGGGGCUUUGCAGUGGGAGCUGAUAAUGUCAAACGUGUCAGUAGUCUUCCAGACAACUUUGUAGUACGUGUGUGUGUGUGUCAGUUCAGAUAUGGAUGGGCAUAAUUCAGUGAACAUACGGAGUGUUAGCUGUGUGUUUUGGGCUUUGGUUCGGUCUGCUAGAUCAAACUUAUGUUUCUUUUCUCAUGUAUGUUUGUUUUAACAGAACUUGACAUUUUUAUUUCGCUCAGGCAGCCAUUGUUUAAAAAAAAAAAAUAUUCAGUAGAAUAAAUCAGGUUUAUAUGAGAUUCAUGAUAUUAAUGAAUGCAUUUUGUACGCAAGAAAUACUUGGUUUGAUGUCUUUGACGAAUAAAAAAAAAAAGGUACCACAGACUCAUCCUUUGAAGCGUGUUCUGUCACGAUUUGCAUAUUGUGCGUGUCACUGAUGGGAAACCUUAUUGGGUUCAUCAGAUAUGUUUCAUGAUCAAAGGACAGCAUAUGCAGCUCUAAAAAGUGUGUGUUUGAUACAGUGUACGUUUUCUACAAGAUUGUUCCUAUAAAUAAUGAAUCCCCACACAUUAUUAUUAUUAUGUGCUGUUCCCCUGAGCCUCUUAAAGGUGAAGCAAUCAGGAGUCUGAGACCAAACGUGUUCCAACGCC